AACCUUUUCACGUCCGCGUUCCCACUCCCCAGCUGAACUGAUACUCCCUUCUCAAUCUGAACUGAAUCUCUUUCCUAAAAUCACCCUUCAAUGCGACUCUCCAAAUCUCCACUCUUCUGUCCAGUGCCAAGACACACUCUCUCUCUAUUGUUUUCUGUUUUCAGUAUAUGUAUGCGGUAUUGACUAUUGAUCUAAAGUCUGAGCAAGAUUUUUGAGUUUCGGAGCUCUCCGUGAAGCCCUGGGUUUGGUUUCUCAGAAUUCUUGAAGUUCUGGUGUGUGUACAAGCUGGCUAUGGACUACGAACCAUUUGAUAGCAGUGGAACUGAUGACGAUCUUCCUCCAUCUCAUCACAAUAGAAUUCCAAGAGGGGGUCGUGCUGUGGGGAAUGGAAGAUCCGCUGUUAUGGCUUCUGUUCCAUACCCUAGAAUGUAUGGUGAAACUGAUAUGGAGGCCCAAAUUCACCUCCUUGAGCAGGAAGCAUACAUUUCAGUUCUUAGAGCCUUUAAAGCCCAAGCUGAUGCCAUUACUUGGGAGAAGGAAAGUUUAAUAACUGAACUAAGAAAAGAAUUGAGAUUAUCAAAUGAAGAGCACAGAGAGCUUCUGAGCAGAGUUAAUGCUGAUGAUGUUAUCCGAAGGAUAAGGGAGUGGAGACAGGCUGGUCGACUUCAGCCUGGGAUGCUUAAUACAGGUCAAGCUGUUCAUGAUCCCGUACCCAGCCCCUCUGUCUCAGCAUCUCGUAAGAAGCAGAAGCUAUCCCAAUCAUUACCUCCCCAGUCAUUUGGUGCUCCAUCCCCUUCUUUCCACCCCCAAGUGGAGGCUGCAUCAAAUCAGCCAUCUUCAUCAGCUGCAAAACGGGGGCCUAUUUUGGGAACCAAGGGAAAGAAGCAUAAGUCUGGUCAGACACUGCCCAGUGCAGCUUCAAUGAAAGUGCAGUACCCUUCAUCGGGGCCAAUUGGAAGGGGUCAGUUUGGUAAUCGGGUUUCUUCUGGUACCCUACCACGUGAGCGUACUGAAACGGCAUCUCUUGAUCCAUUGAUUGGGAGGAAAGUGAGGACGCGAUGGCCUGAUGAUAAUAAUUUUUAUGAAGCUGUUAUAACUGACUACAAUGCAGCUGAGGGACGACAUGCUCUCGUUUAUGAUAUAGGUACUGCAAAUGAGACUUGGGAAUGGGUCAAUCUUUCAGAGAUCUCUUCUGAGGAUAUACAAUGGGAUGGUGGAGACCCUGGAAUUUCUCGUCAAGGAGGUUAUGGCGGAUCAGGCCGUGGGGUGAAUAGAUCUGUUGGGCGUGAUAGUGUUCCAGGUGCAGGAAGAGGUAGGGGGGUGACAAAAGGUCAAUCCAGAAAGGGUAUUCCACCAUCACAAAAUGGCAUGGGUAAAAAGGGGUCAGAUGAUAUUCAGCUACUUCAUACUGAUACUCUAAUUAAGGAGGUGGAGAGGUUAUUUGGUGCUAGUCAUGCGGACCCUCUUGAAAUCGAGAAAGCAAAGAAAGUGCUGAAGGACCAUGAACAAGCACUCACUGAUGCCAUUGCGAGGAUUGCUGAUAUUUCGGAUGGUGAAAGUGGUACAAAUCUGCUCAAAGCCUUUUUACUUUUGGUUCAGCAAUGCAUCAAUUAA